GUUGCAAGCCUCGAUUCUAGGCUUCAGUCAGUCGUGCGAGGAGCGAGACUCGCUAGGGUCGAAGGCUCGUUGCGACCGUGGUGGUCACCCUUCUCGGCGGACUGUUCCCUCGGAACAGGCUCCACCUGUUUAUCGUUCCGUCGUGUGACCAGCAAAAGAAAAAAAAAGCGCACCGUGUGAAACAAAACGUGAGAGAAAUGUUGGCGGCGUUGAUCAGAAGGGAGAAUCGUGGGCCGAUCGAACGAUACACGAGAUAAUCGUGGUGAAAGAGGUGGAUGAGUGCCGGCAGCCUAACCAGUGAUUUCGGCGUGAUUACCAGCUUAAUUGAUCAGAGCCGCCACACAGUCUUGGGUCGUAGACGAAGGAAAAAGGAUGGAGGAAGGAAGCUCGAGGGAGGGUUCGGCGGACUGAUUGGAUUUGCGGUCGGGCCUGGAUUUAGUAUUAAGAAGGAUGGGUUGGACACUUACCGUUCUUGGGGUGGCUUUAGCUAUCGUCAUUGUGGCAGGCACUGCCCUUGCUCUGUGCAGAAGAUAUUGCAUUGGCUGGCAAUGGGGUACUAGAAACAUUUGGAAUGUCUGCGAGGAGUGGCGGCAAAGGUUAUCCUGGUUAUGGGCACCGCGAGAAGAAAAGGUCGGUUUAGUCAAAGCACAACAUCCAACAGCUCAAACAAUCCCUGGUUUAUAUCGACAACCUGGAAACGCAUCUCAACAUCUGCUUCACAGUGACAGCGAUCUCAGGCUAGAUGCACAAGGAGCUUUUACCAGAUUCGAACCAGUAGACAGAGAUCUUCAUCCGCCUCUGGGCACAACAACCGGUAGCACAAUACCACCGCAGCCUUUGAGACCGGCACCUCAACCAAGGCCAACUGCACGUCCAAGGCCGUCUCCACUUCAAACCUCGAGCACCGUAGACCAGUUGAGAAUGCAAGAGGUCGGUCCGGUUCCUCUAACUCCACCACCAUCGUUACAGAGGGCUCCAGUUCCCUCGAGAUCGUCCGGCUCGUCGGUCUUCCUUUUUCAGAACGAACCCAUCAAGAAUUACGGUCUGCAUAAAACAUCAAACGAUCAUGGUUCGUUCAUAUUCGAUGGCGAGGCAACGAAGACCGUGGCGGAGAAUAUUCAAAUGGCGUCGUACGGCUCGCAGAAUCAUAUAGACUCGAGGCUGAGAUACGAGCUCGGUGAGGAACGAAGGAAAGAGAAUAGAUGCAAUCCUUACAGGCAAUUCGACGGUGGUAUCGAGUCGACCAGGAUCAGAUACGGUGUACACGGUGUACCUAUAGCUACCCUCGAUGGUAAAGGGGACGAGGAUAGCAACACGAGUUACGGGAGCUACGACAUCGUUCAAAGGAGUCACAUGAUACGGCAACAUAUCAGGAAUGAUUCGAGGGGCUCGCCGAGCAGUUUCGGUAUGACGAAUUCUUCGAAUGCCGCAAGCCAGACUAUCAUGGAAUCGAUAUACGGAUCCGAGGAGCUGUCUAAGAUGCUUCAGAGCACUCAGAGUCUUGGGAACGACCUCGAUCAUAAGAGCAACGAGAUGCAAAGCAUCGAGAUGACGCCCUUUAGAAGUUCCAGCCUUCAGGACAACAUAGGCCCGUCCUACUUGUUCCGCGAGUCUCAAGGGUUGCAGAAAGUCUCCCAAUACAUUCAAAGUUUGCCCGAUCUUCCAAUAUACGAUUCGAUUAACGAGCUGGGACUCCAUCAAGAUCAGGAUCGCGUGCUCUACGACGACACAAUUCAGGAAUCGAUCAACGCAUUGAAGGUCAGCGAGGCCGUAUCCAGCCCGAUACCACCACCACCACCCGCGCCACCCGAUCCACCGAAAGAGAUGCCAAAAAAGAACGGGCAGACAACUGGCGAAAGAAUAUUUAACGCCCUUAGAUUGGUCACUUCGCAGAGUUAUAUCGACGCCUCGGAAUUUUACAACUCGGUCGUGUCUUCGGCACAACAAGUUCAACGUUUCACCUUCCCAUCGAGAUCCCCAUCGUCGUUGGUCGAGGAGAACACCGGUGGCCAAUUGCAGGAUGAAGUUCAAGAUAUUUAUGCGGAAAAUGAUUCUGACAUGAUAGGUCCUGACGACUGUAGGCGUAGCUCCGAUCUUUACAGUCCCGAACUUAAUUUAGAAGCACAUAGAACUGCACAAGAGGUGUACAAUAGUUUACAAGAUCCACCAUCAUCCCCAUUGUUACUUAAAGAUCACAAUCAAGAGAUUUACACAUAUAUGACUGAUCCUAGUUUUACGAGAACCUCUGAGGAUAUUUUAAAUAGCAUUGAGCAAAGGAGAAAAAGUAUGGAAAGAUUGAACGGUAUUCACGAACUUAACGAACUCGAUGAUGCUGAUACAUUAAGAAAGCGAAACGACUUCUACGUUGCAGUGGAAGAAGUGCAAUUGAAGCGAAAAUUCUCUCAGAGUUUUAUCACAAACUAUACCAUGAACGAUUACAAUGAGGUCAACCCUGGAAGUCGUCGUGGACCUCAGGGACCGGAUCCAGAGCCACCGCCGGAUGAAUCGAACCUGAAAAGGGCAAUAAGCUGCGAAAGUGUGUGCUCUGAUACGAGUGUAGUAUUAAACGACCUCGAAGAAGCGCCUGUCGUCGGCCACGUGUGUGUCGGUGUCCAAUACGACAGAUGGAGUGGCCGAGGUGCUGAUAGCGAGGGUGAUCUUGCGGUCAGCGUUCUCGAGGCCAGAGAUCUCAUCGCCCCAGAUGGUCAACCUGCUCAAGAUACCUUUGCUAGGGUUUGCCUGUUACCAAACAGACAGUUACACGUGAAAACAAGACUGUAUAGAGGAAGUCCAUCGCCUAGUUAUCAAGAAAAUUUUUUGUUUCCUUUAGACGAUGGUCCCUCGGGGAGAACUCUUCUUGUCGAAGUGUUUUCUGACGAGACCAGUAUAGGUGGUGGAACAUCCCUCAUUGGAGAAGCUAGAUUACGUCUAGGACCUGCCUCAAGGGCACCGGCGACUACUUGGUUACCACUCAUGGGAUCAGCUUUGCCCACGCCAAGACUUGGAGAAUUAAUGUUCUCUUUGAGCUACUUGCAAACAGCCGAAAGGCUCACAUUAGUAGUAGUAAAGGCUAGAAAUUUACGUGGCGCCAAUACCGUGCCUGGUGAUUUCUUCGUCAAGGUUUAUUUGCUACAACAAGGAAAGAAGAUUCACAAGAAAAAGACAUCCGUGAAGAAAGGAGAAGAGAGCCCGAUCUUCAACGAGGCAAUUAUUUUUAAUGUGCCCAGUCAUAUUAUGCAGAACAUACAAAUAAGACUAACCGUAGCUGAAGUAAGCAAUGACCAGGGAGUAAAUUCGAAACCAUAUUCUGUCGGGCACAUUAUCGUAGGACCCACAUCAGCAGGAAGAGCAUUUGUUCAUUGGAGACAAAUGUUGGCUGCUCAGAGGCGCCCUGUCGCUAUGUGGCAUCCCCUCAGAAAAUGAAAGAAAUAUAGAGGAUGUUAGUGAUGACAAUGUAGAAAUGAAAAUCUGUACAGAUUUAAAGUAUAAUUGGAGAACGGUAGAGUUACAUAAAUAUAAUUUUAUGAUACAUUGAUAUUGUUUUUGGUUUUAAAUCAUUUAUUUUUUAAAAGAGUUAUUAUUCUUUUAAAUUUUUAUUUUUAUUUAUAAUAAAUUACAUUGUGUUUGAUCAUACGUUGAAAAAUUUAAAGAUCAUUUUGAAUUAUUCAAAAAUAUUAAUAUCGUUCAGAAUUCAUUUAAAGGCAUUCGAGAAAUUUAUUAAAUGUAAUUUUUUUUAAAAAACAUACGUUAAAAUUUUAGUGAAAUUAAAUUGUUCCAAAGUAAAUGAUUUAAAACUUUUAAGACAAUUUUUAGAAUAACUUAAUAAUACGCGAUAAUAUCACUAAUAAUCUAUUUUCAUCAAAAGAGGAAAAAAAAAGAGGGAGAAAAUAAAAUUUUGUUAUUACGUUCGUCGAAUUUAAAAAACGAUUGUAUACAAUUCGUUGGAAUCAUUCAUUGUAACUUUGCGAAUUACAGGGUGCUGAAAUAUUUAAGGCCUCAUAUAGGAAAGAUUUUUUAUUCACAUUAAGAUUACUUGUAUUAAUAACGUUAUUAAGGAUUUACACUAAAUGUUCACCAUUAUCUAUUUAACCGUUCUCCUCUAUACUCCACGAGGAAGUAUAAACCAUAAACGUGUGAUAUAUUGCAAGUAGAAUGAUGAUAAUUCAAAAAAAUCUACGAUUCACCGUUUUCGAUUUGAUGAUGUAAAAUCUUAAUGUCAAACUCGUAUCCUAUUGUACAUGUACUAAAUGGAUGUACAUCGUUCAACAUAAUUGUUUCAUCUAAUGAUAAAGUUCAAAAAUGACGGCUCCGUGAUCCUGUCAUAAUUUUAUUCAAUGAAUUAUAUUACGAGGUUGUCGUUAAAAUGAAAGAAGAUUAUUUUAUUUAUUGUACAAAACAAGAGGAUCGAAGAAAACACGGAGCUGGUAUCAAUCAUUUCAGACUGAUGUAUCGAUAUCAAAAGUCAUCGUCAGACACAAAAAAAAUCAUCAUAGAUUCUAAAUGGAUCCAUAUUGUUGUUCACAUCAAUUUCACACAUUGUUGUGUGUCCCUUCACGAGGAAGGUUCGAACAAAUUUUGUGACGAGAUCACAAUAUUCUCUCUCUAACAAAAGGCUCAAAUAUUUGUACCCAUAUUUUAUAUACGAUGGGCAGACGUCAGAGCUAAAAAAAUGUAAUGUACAAUCACUUUGUCUUUUAUUCGUUGUUGGAACGAAUUAAAUGAAUUGCACAUAAAAUGAUGCAAAAAGAAGAAAGAAACCAAACAUAGUAACAUUGUUGAUACGUAUUCUUUAUUUUUUGGUUUCUUUUUCUUUGAAGAAUAGAAUAGAAAGAAUAGAAUGUAUAAGUAGAUAAAGUUUAGAAAACAAGCUUAAUCGAACCUUCCUUACGUGUAUAAAGAAAAUUCCAUCAGAACUUCCUGUGUGGAUCACGUUGAUGUCAGUUAAAAUGUAUUCCGUUUUUUCGAAAGAAAAGCUCGCUUUUUCCACGUCGGACAAUCAUUGUUUGCUUUAAGGCCAGAAUUAUCUAUCAGUUAUUUUAUAAAUACUUUUAAAAUUUUUUAUCGUUGAUUUUUUUAUAAUUUUCAUUUUCUUUAUUCUAAUAUAUAAAUCUUGUUUAAUCAUUCGUUUAACAACUGACUAUAUAUAGUUACAGAAGAAUAAAAAAAAUGGAAAAAAGCAACAAAGAAAAAAUAGUCGAGAAAUGUUUCGACAAUUUAUCGCGAUUAAAAGAUUCAUUGCGAUGAUAGAAGCCCUAAGGUUCAGGGUUUUAUUCGAGUGUAAAUGUUGUUGUUCUCAAUGAACUGUUAAUGUUUGUACAGAGUUUAUUAACGACGUACUCGACGUGCAGAGCAUUCUCUUCGAAACAUGGACGAUUGACCUCGAUUUUUAAUUAUUUUUUCUCUUUCCCCUAAUGAUCGAUGAUCUAAUGAUCGGUCUUUCCACUUUUCUUCUUCCUUUUCUUCUUUUUCUUCUUUUUCUUCUUGUCACAUUUCUCAUCACUCGACUUAUUUAUUUCUUCUCGUUAUUUCAUUUCAAUAACAUCAUUGGUUUCGAUUUCUUCUUUUUCUUCGUUUUUCCUUUUCCUUCUUCGUGAUCGUACUUGGCAUAUAGCCGAAUUACACGAUUCUCAAACAAAAGCAGAAUCAAAUCUACUGCGGGUUAUUUGUACGUAUACUGUACAAUUGAACAAUGAAAGAAUGCUUGCGACUUAAUCCUAUAAAAUUUACCCAUUACGAUUCCAAUGGAUGUUCGAGGUUACGAUAAUAUUCGAUUAUUCCUAAUUGAAUACGCGUUGCCAUUUGGUCGGAACUACAUUUCAUUAUUUUAAAAUUUAUUUAAUACAACAAAAGUGAUAAAAUUCAAAAAGAACACAAGAAUAUAAAUGAUAAAAUUCCAAAGAAAGUAAGGAACUAGCGGUAUUAUAUUUUAUUACAUUAUAGUAUAAAGAUAGUUUCCUCUAGUAGAUAUAAUCUUUCAAAAAUUAUGUAAAGAUUAAUUUAUAAUUAACGACAUAUUUGUAGUUCGGAUGGAAAUGGAAAACCUCGCAAUAUUUAUAAUUAUGGGAUUGUUAGCGCAAAUUGAACGAAUUAGAUAGCCUUUCGGACCUCAUAGCCUAUUCUAUACCUAUAAAUUUUGUACCUCUUCGUACACAAUAAAAGUUAACAAAACUAAUCCUUCGUAUACACGUACACAUUAUGCAUAUACCACGUGUAUAUAUACAUCUAUAUAUAUAUAUAUAUAUAUAUAUAUAUAUAUAUAUAUAUAGAUAAUAUAUAUAUAUAUAUAUAUCUAAUAUAUAUAUAUAUAUUAUAAUUACAUUGUGAGAAAAUUUUACACUCUAUAUUAUUAUACAUUUUUUGUCAUAAAUUAUCGACUAUUUGAAUCCAUACUUAUAAACUUAUUCAGGUUUUUUCUAUCGCCAACUUACUAUGGGACUAAUAUCGCUGAACUCUCAUUAAACCCCAUAAAUAUAUUUGUAAAUUAUCCAUUGUGGACGAUAUGUAUCUCUGCAUCGUUUUGUACAAAGUGAUUAACGAGAAUGAUUGCGAUUAAUUAUUCAUUGCACAUUGAUAAAUUGAAUAUUUUUUUAAUAUAGCAAUGUCUUCAUCGAUGAAAUAAUUUAUAUAAGUUAUAUAUGUAUAUUGGAAUUGAACAUCUUCCUUUAACAAUCUGCGACUCGUAUAUUUAAUAUUUUUUUAUUUUUUUAAAUUUUCCAGAAAAAGAAUUAAUCAUCGGUAUUUCAUUGAUCCGAUCGACGAAUCAAUCAACUGCAAAAAGAAGAAUCUUCGAUUACAAUCCAAUAAUUAAAUCAUAAUGAUGUACCUUCUCUUAACGUAACUCAUAGAUCGUUGUUAAUAAAAAAUAAAAAAAGAAAAAGAUUUCUUUAUUAUCAUUCAUGAUGCGUAAUUAAUGUCAAAAUCAAUUUAAUUAAUCGGAUCAUCGUCGUAUUCCACUUUGUACUCACGAAACCGUACGUAGUACGUAUGUAUAAUCUGUAUACGUGUAAGUCAAAUUACCAUUCAAAACACUGUUGUAUAUCAGCACAAAAUUAAUCUUUUAUUCUUAAUACCAAUGUGGCGUACACGCGCGCGUACACACGCGUAAGUGAAAUAUAGUUCACUAUAUGUUUGUCUACGACCGUGUACGCAUGUGUGAAUACAUAUUUACUAAGUUUUACUGUUAAACUGGAAUAAAUUAAAAAAACGAAUAGCGCAGAACGAUGAGACAGGGAAAGAAAAAUAUUGAAGGCGUUCAAUAGCUUGCUUCUCGUUUAUCAGAAUUUAGUUUUGUCAGGGACUAGUUAUAGACAAAAUUAGCAAAAACAGAAAAUGGGAAAAAAUGGAAAGAAAUAGAAUGCGCGAAAGAGAAUGAGAGAAUAAAAGAGCGAGAGAAAGAGAUACGUGAGACUGAGGAGAGAAUGAGAGAGUGAAAAUGUAAAAAAAAAAAAAAAUAAGAGAAACGCACAGAACGCGAGAAAAAAAUAGCGCGAAAGAUAGGUAAGAACGAUGUCGAAAAGUCAGGAAUAAAAGGAAAAAAGAAUGAUGAUGACAAUAAUAAUGCCAAUGCGAUUCGUACCACAAAUGAUGCAAUACAAUAAAAGCAAUGCAAUACAAUACGCAUGUAAAAUACAUUUAUUUUACAUUUUAAUUAUUCACAUAUAUAUAUAUAAUAUAACAUUUAUUAUGUUAUAUUAUUUAAUUAUUUGUUAUAAAUUUAAUAACAAUUCGUAUGUUGUAAUUAAAUUGUAAUAUUUUAUUGUAAUAUUUUCCAUCAUUUAUUAUUACUUAUAUAUGUAAAAUAUUUUCUUUUAAAACGUUGUAUAUUUGUAAAAAUAUUUUAUUUUCGUUGAAUGAACAUAAUAUUUUAUUGAAAUAUAUAAUAAAUGUUUUUUUCUUAAUCAUUUUUCUUUUGUAUGAUUAAUCAUAUAUAAAAUUGUGUAUACAAUUUUCAUUAAUUACAAAUCAGAUAUAAUUUAUUAUAUAAUUAAUUCAUUAUCAGAAUUCGUGGAAAAUUACAAUGCUUUAUAAUUUAUAAAAGCGAUCGAGAUUGUGGGACGAAUCGCAACGCGUAGUCGUUGCAUGAGUGUAUGAUUCAUAGAAAAAUACUAUAAAAUUUAAAUUGUUUUAUAUUUUUGUUACGCCUCUCUGUGAUAUAAUAAGGGCACAUUCACCUCACCCUAUAUAUGCAUUAAUCUUUGUAUCUAUUGAUUAAGAUGAAACUUUUUGAAGAAAAAUCCUUGCCAAGCUCUUCCUAAUUACAUUUUGGAUUAUGCUCGUGCGUACCAUCAUCAGAUUAAAAGAAAAUCAGAAAUCGUGGAAGAUACAAUUUUAAACGAUUAAAAGUACUCAAACAAAUUACUAAAAUUAUUCUAUUUAAAUAAACUUAAGGGACUUGUUAAAAUGUUUAUGUACAUAUAUAUUUCAAUAUAGACUGAAUCAUUUAAAUCUUUGCAAAAUUUUAAUAAUGAAAAUAAUAAAUUAUUAAAUACUAUUAAUUUUAAUCAUAUAAUUUUAAUCAUAUAAUUUAUAAAUGAUAUUAAUGAUAUUAUUUUAUCAUCAUUUUAUCAUCAUUAUUAUAAAAAAAAUUUCUAAAAAUUCAUUUCUCUUAUUGACAUUCUUACAUAAGAAAAAGAAUUUCUUUCCCGGAUAUUUUUUUAAUUAUAAUACGGAAUUUAAUUUAAAUUUAAAAUGAAUAUAAAUAAAAACUUCAUAAUCUAUUUCCGGUAGUAAUUUUAAUUGAUUCAAUCUAUAACUUAUUUGUUUCUAAAAAAAAAAAAAUGUAAAAACAAAUUACAUGUACAUCAUUAAAUAGUUCAAUUUGAUCAUAUAUGUAUAUUUAUUCCUCAGUUUUAUGAUCUCUCUCUCGAUGUUACAUGUAUAUUUACAAAUAUUCAUCGAAAAGAUGUACAUGAAAAUUUGUCUACAUUUAAAAUUAUUAAUUUUAACAAUAGUAACAUAUCCCUUAAGAUAAGGUACGUUCGAGCUUGUGCUUGCAAAAGGUAUAAAGUGUAUCGUUACACAUUAUAUUAUAUGCUAUAAUAGCUAUAAACAAAAAGAAAUCAAUCUUAUUAUUAUUAAAAACUGAAAAAAAAUAUAUUAUAAAUGAAAAUCAUUAAUCACUAUACAAACGUGCAAUCAAUACACAAAAAAAUCACAUAUUAACUAUACAUGGUCAUUGUUACUCAUGGUUGCGGUUCUAUUUACACGAUUCGUUUAUUGAAUAAAUUCGAAACAAAUAUAUUUAAAGUAAUAACUAA